AUGGUGUUAGCUUCACUUUCAACUAAAACGAAAUUGCACAACGCAUUGAACGUUAUUAUUCUGACCGACAAUAGCGCCAUCAGCCAUGCUUCAUCAAUAUUCUUCCUCACCUUAGACUUUUUGACAAAGGUUAAAUUAUUUGUAGUUCCAACUAUUUGCACUUUAUUUCACGAUCACUUGCGUGACACCACAUUAACAUUCAUAUCAAGGGCUUCUAGUCCAACUUGCAACAAUACCAAACACAAAUUAAAAGCUUUAAUAAAAUAUAGAGACAUAUGCUAA